AUGACUAAUGAAAAACAUAAAUCUAAACUGAUCUCCCUCAUUGAUGAACUAAUGUCCGAAAUAGAUCUUAAACCUCUUCACCCAAAAAACAAAAUUUUACUUUACAGUCGUUAUGUUUUGUCGAAACUACCCUGGCAUUUUACUGUUGCUACGAUAUCUAAAACUUGGGUAGUCGAAAAUAUCGAUUCUCCGGUGAACAAGUACGUCCGAAAAUGGCUGGAAGUACCUAUAUCUGGAACAUUAAGUAACAUCUUUCUAACCCGUAAUAAGUUUGGUCUAAAUAUCAUCCCUGCAUCCGUCAAGUUCAUUCAGUGUCAAACAGUUCUAUGCAAUGCCCUAAAAACAUCUCCAAACGAUUCAAUUAACGAACUGUGGAAGUCAACUAAUAAUCAUACUAACAUUCAAUACGAUAGCUACAAUUCAACUAAAGAAGUUUUAAAAACUUUCCAUUCUCAACAAGAAAAUAAACUUAGGGACCAUUUGAAAUGUCAAGGUUACUUUUUCGAAAAUGUUUCUAAAUUCUCCCUAUCACAACCUAACGCAAUCUGGUCGGUAUUGCAAUCAAAGCUACCAAAGAACAUUUUCAACUUUACAAUUCGCUAUAGGAAUUAUUAAUACCCUUCCUACCCGAACGAACCUCAGUAGAUGGGGAAUUUCAUCAAGUUCUGACUGCUCGUUCUGCUUACACCCUGAAUCACUUCUGCACGUUGUUGCCGGUUGUCAACAUUACUUGGAACGAUUUACUUGGAGACACGAUUGCAUACUAAAGUCUCUUGCAAAAACCUUUCAAAGUUUAAACGAAUGCAAAUUACUUGUUGAUCUUCCUGGAUUUGAAAGCCCCUCGAUUAUUACGGGUGAUGAAUAUCGUCCUGAUUUACUUGUCUCCACUUCAGACAAACACCUCUACGUUGUUGAACUUACCGUAGGCUUUGAAUCAAACCUCACAAACAAUGUUAACCGCAAGAAAGCUAAAUAUAAGAACCUAAUUAGAGAACUAGAUCAAAACUUUACAUCUGUUAAAUUUAUAAAUCUUUCAGUCAGUUCGUUAGGGGUGUUUGACAAAGAAUGCCAUACAUUCGUAAAAAUGCUAAAUGAGUUAGGACUGGAUAAUCAACACCAACAAUAUUGUAUCAGAAAAAUGAUAUCUAUUGCCAUCCGAUCAACGUACUACAUAUUUUGCUGUAGAAAUAAAGAAUGGACAAAUCCCGAACUAAUGAACAUUUAA